AUGCUGGUAGUACUUGAGGCGAGCCCGCAGUCAUCCGCUCAGAAAGAUGAAGGCUCUAAAAACCCCCAACGAAGGCGAGAUGGUUGUUCGGAAUGUCGAAGGAAAAAGGUCAAAUGUGAUUUGAGAAGACCGGUUUGCUCACGAUGCACUCGAUAUCCGAAAGAGUGCAGGUACGGCUUCAACUUCAUCAGUGAGAGGCAACACCCAAAGCGCCAGGAGUCGGUAAAACGGCAUCAUCGCAGUCCGCAUCAUCGCAGUCCCACAAGGCCCGCUAUCAGUUCGUCUGUUAAUGAACCCUUGGCGCUUCCCCAUCAGCUUCAUCUCAACCCAUCUCCCUUGUUAUCAUGCAGAGAGUCGCUAUUCUUUUUACGCCUUUUUGCCACGGAGACUGCUCCGCUUCUCUUUCCCGCUGCUCCCAAGCUUUUUGUACAUCAGUUAGUAAAUCGCGCCCUUGAUUCACCCCACCUGAUUCAUGCGCUUCUGGCAGCAGCCAGUAGCCAUCAUGGCCGUUUGGUUGGAGACAGAUCCACAAGAGCGAGGACGACCACACUAAAGUUCACCAACCUUGCACUUUCUAGCCUACGCACUGCCCUCUGCAGGACAGAGGACAUGUCAAAAGGUGAGACGGUUAUGACAGCUCUUGCCUUGUGUACAAAUGAUAUCUGCAACGGAAAUCGAGACAUAUGGAGGGCCCACCUCUCCGGAGCCACGCGUUUACUGGCUGCCUUCUUAGAUCACCCUUCCAACAUGUCGAGUGUUGCUGAUCCGUUUGAUUUAUGUUUGGUCAAGUGGUUUGCCACACUAGACAUUAUGGCAAGCCUAGCAGGGAUUGGUAAGAGUCCAGCUGAUGAGGAUCGAUGUUGGUAUCUGAACAAGCUUCCUGACACACAUCCCGGCUUUGUGGAUGAUAUAUCUGGCUACUCCCCAGAGCUUAUGCCAAUGCUUGCACGGAUUGGCGAAAUGGCAAGCCGCCAGGAUUUACGUGCCGCUAUAGAACAAGGCACCCAAUUCAUUUUACCGAGACAGCUGCUGGAAGAGGCUCAGGAGCUGGAAGCUAGCAUCAUCUCUAUCAGCGACAGGGCUGUUUCAGAAGCAACGCUGAAGAACCAUGGAAGCGCCCUUGCAGCUGACUUACGACACACUCAUUGUGCCUUUGUUCAUGCCACACUGCUUCACCUCCAUCGUCGUGUUCUAUUGCUCCAAAGAGACCACGGUCAAGUCACGGAAGACAUCGCACACAUCACUAAUGCUAUUUCUCGCAUCAAUCCUCUUUCCCCGGCGAACAUACUUAUUCUUUGGCCAAUGUUUAGUGCGGGCUGUGAGACAAAUCUUAUUAGCGAGCGCAAUUUGAUCCAAAACCGCAUGGGCAAUAUGCAGAAUCUUGGGAUGGGCAAUUAUACAAGAGCCAAAGAAUUGAUGAGAGCAUUUUGGAUGUCUGGUAGUGCUCUACCAUGGGAUGUCUAUUUUGCGAAGCUGGAGAUAGAGCUUGUUUUAUUCUAAGCGCUCUUUAGGAUUGGCUGGAAUAUAUACUCUCAACAUCAACACCCCAAAUCUGGCUUUGCUGUGAACACGGUGUGGCA